AUGUCAACAGAGUUUACAGCUAACAAUUCGUCAUCUCGCCGUCAUUCUGCCGACGCCAUUGAUGCGACGACGCCUUUGAUUUUAACCGGAGGCGAUAACGACGACGACGGCGGAGGUGUACGGAGGUCGGUGAGGAGUCAAGGUCUGAGAGAAGCGUCGAGGUUACUAAGACAUGCAAGUAGCGGGAGGAUGAUGAUGAGAGAGCCGUCGAUGCUGGUUCGCGAAGCAGCGGCGGAGCAGCUCGAGGAGAGGCAAAGCGAUUGGGCUUACUCUAAGCCUGUGGUGGUUCUGGAUUUCGUCUGGAACCUCGCUUUCGUCGCCGUCGCUACAGCUGUGCUCGUGCUUAGCAGCGACGAGAAGCCGAAUUCGCCGCUUAGAGUCUGGAUUGUUGGGUAUGGGUUGCAAUGUGUGAUGCAUAUGGUGUGUGUUUGUGUGGAGUAUCGUAGGAGGAAUAGAAGGAGAAGUUAUAGGAGUCUGAGAUCUCUCUCUUCUUCGUCUUCCUCUUCUUCUUCUUCAUUAUCUUCUAUGGAGGAAGAAGUGAGUUUGGAAGAUCAAUACAUGUUAGAGAGCGAAAGAAAAAGUUUUGCUAAGCAUGUAGAGUCUGCAAAUACAAUGUUCUCGUUUAUAUGGUGGAUCAUUGGAUUCUACUGGGUUUCUUCUGGUGGACAAGAGUUAGCUCAAGGAUCUCCUCAGCUUUAUUGGUUGUGUAUAGUGUUUCUCGGUUUCGAUGUGUUCUUUGUGGUUUUCUGCGUUGCGUUGGCUUGUGUUAUCGGCAUUGCUGUUUGCUGCUGCUUGCCUUGCAUCAUUGCAGUUCUAUACGCAGUAGCAGAACAGGAAGGAGCUUCGAAAGAAGACAUUGACCAGCUAACUAAGUUCAAAUUCCGGAAAGUUGGUGAUUCUGAGAAACAAAGUGUUGAUGAAGAAGAACAAGCGAAAGGAAAUUCAGGAGGAGUGAUGACUGAGUGUGGUACAGAUUCACCUAUUGAACAUUCCCUUCCUCAUGAGGAUGCAGAAUGCUGCAUUUGUCUUUCGGCGUAUGAAGACGAGACAGAGCUAAGAGAACUUCCAUGUGGCCACCAUUUCCAUUGCGGAUGUGUGGACAAAUGGCUUUACAUAAACGCUACUUGUCCUCUCUGCAAAUACAACAUCCUCAAGAGUAGCAGCUUUGAAGAUGGCGAGCAAGUCUAG